AUGGCAGAUAGUCCAUUAAUUGUGAAAUUUGCUAAUAUUCCUACAUCAAAUAAAAAUGGUUUAACUAAUUCUGUUAAUCCUAUGAUUAUGACACCAUCAACAUCUACACAUAAUGGUAAUAAUGGAAAUAUGGAUUAUCAAAAUCAAACUAUGACAACUUUAUCCUCAUUAAUAAAUUUAAAUAAAUUAGCUAUGAAAGCUAAUGAAUUACAAUCAAUGAUUACCCCGGAAAUUUUAAAUAAUGAUUCAACUUAUGAUAUAUUUAAUAAUUCAACUACACCACAAUUAAUAACAGAUUCAAGUAGUGGAAAACAUACACGAAGAAUAGGUGGACCUAUUCAUCUAACUGCUGUACACAAACUACGAUUUAAUCCAUUAGAUGGUUGUGCUAUACCGGUACGUAUUAAUCCAUUCGAUGGUAUAAAUCAUACUUCAAUAAAUAAUUUAACUUCAUCUCCAGCUUCAGCUAAUGGACUACGUUUAAUGGGAAAAAAUGCUAAUAAUAAUAAUAAUAUUAAUGCUGCAAUCUCUUUAGCUGCAGCAUUAGCAGCAGUUAGAACGACAACAACAGCAAAUAAUAAUAAUCAACCAGAUCCUUUACAAACACAAUUAUUAUCACAAUUAAAUGGAAUUCCACAACAAUUACCAGGAGUUAUAGGUUUUACAUUGCCAUGGUUAGGAACUAAUAUAGAAACAAAUUUAAAUCAAUUAACCAAUAAUAUGUAUCAAACGAAUAAUUCACUUGGUGAUUAUUUUCCACAAUCUAAUAAUGUUUUAUCAAAUAUUUCAUUGAAUACAAUUCCUUUAUUAACUUGUCCAGAAUAUUAUAAUACACAAAUUGGAUUAAAUAAUAAUAAUAAUAAUAAUACUAGUCAAACAACUAUGAAUUUAAAUGUAGCUAAGCAACAAAAUCUUAAUUUGAUUAAUAGUUUCCAUAAUCAUAAUAAUAACCAUGUUAAUUCAACAAAAUCAUCUAUUCCAAUUGUAGACUCAUUAUUUUUUAAUCCAUUCACAUCAAAUUUAGAUAUUCACUCAGCUACAACUAAACUUUUACAUGAUAUUUCAACUCAUGCAGUAAUUACAGGUAAUUUGAAUGGUACUACACCACCAACACCAACACCACCACCACCACUACCACCGACGACGACGACAACAACAAUGGUAACAACGGUAACACCAAGUAAUGAUUUAUUUUCAACAAAUCAUUAUCCUCCUAAUUCUAUAUCAUCAUCAUUGACAACAACAAUAUUAAAAAUUGAAGGUUUAGCACCUGGAACAGAUGAAUCAAUUAUAUUAAGAUUAUUUUCUGCAUUUCCAAGUGUACUAUCUGUACAAUUAUUACCUAAUAAAGAGUUAAAUAUAAAUGGUGAAAAUAAUAAUACUUUAAUAAUGAAUAAUAUUAAUGAUAAACAAGAUAUGAAAGCAUUAGUAAUUAUGUCCGAUCAUGAACAAGCAAAGUUAGCAAUGCAUUACUUAAAUGGGUAA